GUGUUGAUAAUAAUUAGCCAGACUGAUGUCAAUAAGUAGGGUUAAUUGAAUUUGAAUUCCGAAACUUGUUAGAGACUUAAGCUAAUUGUGUGAAAUAUGUCAAAAAAUUCUAUAAUUCUGAACAAUGGCGCCAAAAUGCCACUUAUUGGAUUGGGAACUUGGCAAGUUAACGAUCCAUUUGAACUCAAAAAUGCUAUGAAUGUGGCUUUUGAAAGUGGAUACCGACACUUCGACACAGCUUUUCUAUACCAUAAUGAGAAGUUAGUUGGGGAAGUUAUCCAAGAUUGGAUCAAGAAAGGUCUUGUCAAGAGGGAAGAAUUAUUCAUAACGACCAAAUUACCUGUGGCAGGGGUGCAUCCGGACAGAGUCCAAAUGUUCCUGAACAAAUCACUUCAGAAUUUGGGAUUGGAGUAUGUUGAUUUAUAUCUGGUGCAUUUUCCAGUUUGUGUGAAAUACAAUGAAAACCAGGAUUUUCCAGUAAAUUCAGCUGGUCAGAUUGAGACUGAACCUACGGAUCAUAUAGCAGUUUGGAAGAAAAUGGAAGAAAUGGUCAAAUUGGGAAAGACGAGAUCCAUUGGAGUAUCAAAUUUCAACAAGAAACAAAUUUCAAGGAUCCUGGAAAACGCCACGAUAAAACCGGCCAACUUGCAAAUCGAGGCCCAUCUAUAUUUUCAAAAUACAGAGCUAAUUGAAUUUUGUAAGAACCAUGGAAUAUCGGUUGUGGCUUAUUCACCUCUCGGAUCACCGGCAGUUAACAUAGGCUUUAAAAAAAGAGGCUUACCCACAAAAGAUGUUCCGAAAAUAAUGGAGGAUGAGAACGUUAUUUCGAUCGCAAAAAAACACUCAAGAAGUCCAGCUCAAGUGAUGCUUCGUUUCCUUGUCCAAAAUGGCAUCGCAGCAAUUCCAAAAAGUAUCACGCCGAGUAGAAUAAGAGAUAAUAUAAACAUCUUCGAUUUCCAGUUGGACGACAAAGACUUAGCUGUAUUAAGAACACUCGACAAAGUAGAGUCCGGCAGAGUUUGUGACAUGAAAGGAUUCAACAUGUCCGAACAUCCUGAGUUCCCGUUCAGAUGAAUCUGCAUUUGAAUCAAUUUUGUCAGUGAAUAUGUAUUACGUUUUUUAUGCCUGAACAUUUGAAACAAAUAAAUAGUUACUUGAAUUCGAA